UUCUUUGGGUUCGGAGCAGCGGACUGUGACAUGAAAUACCCGAGCUCAAGCUUGAGCUCUGCUGAAGAAGAGGGGGAAGAAGAAGAAGAGAAGAGGCUCUCUCUUUAGCUUCCAUUGAUUCUCAGUCGCUUGGAGGUUCUGUAUGCUUCCUUCUUUGCUGUAUUAAGCUCGUUCUCUGCUCGUUUGCGCCGCAUAUGAGAAUUUCACAUGACGCCGGUGCUAGUUGCAGCCCAUUCCAUUGGGCACUUGUGCAUGGAAGCAGACAAUCCCAGUGCCCAACAACAUAGCACAUACGUGUAUGGUCAUAAUUAACAUGACUUCCAAUAUCCUCAGCAGAGCUGGCUUUUCAUGAAGAGUUCCAUAUCAGCUAUCAGAUUAUGCGCUGAUAAACUGAAGCCUGUCCUUGGGAGAAGUAUAGUUUCUAGAUAUUUUUCAGCUGGGAGUUCAGCAUUACCUAUGUUAACUGUUCCGGAGGACGGUCCUUAUUCCUCUGAAGGCCCCGUUUCUUCCGAUGAUGAUCUUUGGCCCAAUGUUGGGUGCAUUUCGGCUAACUCCAAAGAAAGAAAGGGGUGUUGUCCUGGAGAUUAUUCUUAUGAGUUUCCUGAUAAUCAGAAGGCUGAGGAUAUAGAGACGAAAAAUGUAAGGAUGAUAUUCGAAAAUUGCGGGUGCAGUCUUGGGCCUCAUAACGUGGUUCAAGGGCUGGGCACUUUCUUGAAAGAGAGUUCUGAUGCUGCACUUUCUCGGGACUUCCUCAGGUGGUCAGAGAGAUGCAUUGGGAAGAAGGGCACCAUUCAAUCUGUUUGUAGAAUGAUACAUAUAAUGGUUGCUGGCAAUAGGAAUUGCGGAGCAGUUGAUCUUAUUUUAUGUCUAAUAAGGAGUUAUGGUGCAGAAGAUGGCUCCUAUGACCAACUGCUUGAUAUCUUUCAUGAAACUCAUGUGGAAAGAGAAGUUCUAGAAACUGUAUACAGUAUGCUAGUCGACUGCUAUUUCCAGGAAGACAUGGUAGAUAUCGCCUGUAAAGUAGCAUGUAAAUUAAAGCCGUUUAACAUUUUCCCGUCAAUGGGGGUCUGUAAUAAAAUAAUAAAGGCAUUAUUGCAGUUGAAACAACUGGAUGAGGCAUGGGACUUCUUGGAAGAAAUGCAGAAUCGAGGUAUUGCUGUGAAUGCUUCUAUUAUCAGCUUGUUCAUACGCGACUAUUGUGCCAGAGGUGACAUAGGAAGAGCUUGGAAAUUGAUCGCAAUAAUGAAAAACCAUGGGAUAAGAGCUGAUGUUGUCUCGUACUCAAUCAUAAUUCACUCCCUUUGCAGGAUGUCCUUCUUGCCAGAAGCUACUUGUGUAUUCUUCAAAAUCUUGCAAGCAGGAAUCCCUGUGGAUUCAGUUUUGAUUAGUUCUCUAGUUGAUGGUUACUGUAGGGUGGGAAAUCUUCAAAAAGCGAUGAACAUUUUGAAGAUUCAAAAUCUUCCUCUCAAUAUAUUUUUGUACAGUAGCUUUAUUACAAAGUUGUGUAGGGAUGGUGACAUGUUUAAUGCUUCAGUCAUGUUUCACGGGAUGACUGAUGCAGGCUUUUGUCCCGAUUGUUAUAUAUAUACUGCCAUGAUUUGGGGAUAUUGUAAAGCAGGAUACAUGUACAGGGCUCUACAAUAUCUAGGGAAAAUGCUGAAGAAUGGAGUAAGACUGUCCACAGCUACUUAUACAGUGCUCAUUGGUGCCAGUUGUAAGGUUGAAGACAUGAGUAUGGCAAGGUGCAUCUUUAGGAUGAUGCUAGCAGAUGGUUUGAAGCCCGAUAUCUUUGCAUACAACACUCUAGUUGAGGGCUACGGAAAGCAGGGCUCGUUUGAUAAGGUCUUCGAGCUUCUUAGCAUAAUGAGGUCAGCGAACGUUCCUCCUGAUAUUGUGACCUACAACAUUCUCAUUCACAGCCUGGCAUUGGGAGGGUUUGUGAAAGAAGCAAAGAAUAUCUUGGACGAACUUAUCAAAAGAGGUUUUUCUCCUGAUAAGGUCACCUUCACGAGUGUCAUACAUGGGCUCUCAAGUAAGGGGGUCUUCGAGGAAGCAUUUCUGACAUGGUUAAAGAUGAAUGAAAAGCAAGUAGAGCCCGAUCUUAUAACCUGCAGCAGUCUCCUUAGUGGGUAUUGCAGGGCACACAGGAUGGAACAAGCAAAUGCUUUAUUCCGGAUGAUGCUCGAUGGAGGGUUGAAACCGGAUCUUAUUAUAUUCAACACUAUUAUACAUGGAUUUUGUCGUGUCGGGAACAUAGGAGAUGCCUGUAAGAUGGUCAGAAUGAUGGGGCAACAUGGUAUUCUUCCGAAUAAUGCUACUCACAGGGCACUCGUCCUUGGAUUUGAGAAGACUCGGGUCACAAAUCCCUCAGAAACUGCUAAUCUUAAGCUUCAAGAAAUAUUGAGAACUUAUGGUACUCGUUCAGAUUCUGGGGGGUAAAAUGAAAUCUUGCUUCUGCUUCCAGGCAGACGAUUUUCCAGAGUUCGAUUUACCCUGGAACAACUGGGGACACGGAAUGCAGAUUUCAGAAUGGUUUGGAUCAUAUGCGUGGUAAAAGUAGAACGAAGCCACUACCAAAAGUUUUCUAUUUCGGAUUCUUUUGUGCAGAUGGAGGUGCAGGUCAUUUUUUGCGUUUGGUAACGGAACUCCAUUCCAAAUAUAUAAUAUAUAUAUAUAUAUAUAUAUAUGUAUGUAGUAAAUGGGGUUGAAUGAUGGUUAGGAAAAAAGUAUGUUGAGAAUCUAUUAUUAAAUAGAGAAAAAGAGAAAAAAGUAAUGAUUAUGUCGUAGAAUUAAUGGAAGAAUUGAGUGGAGUGAAGGAAUUUAUUAUUAAAGUGUUAAUUGUAAUAAUGACGAGGAAAAAAAUGUGUGAGAAUGUAUUAUAUAAUAUAAGAAAAUGACAAAAUAGUAAUGACUAUGUUGUUCAAUUUGGAAAAAAAUGGAGUGGGGUAGAAUUAGAAUGGAGUUUAACUCUAUUUCCAAACAUAAAUUUAAUCUCGUAUUAACUUUAUGACCUCCGUUUUAGCCGCGAGCUCAUUCAGGUGUCUGAAUUUUCAUUAUUUGAAGCAAGCACUUUUUACACUGCAGAUCUCUGGUGUUAGAAUUGAACUGGCAACACAAUUCACGCAGACUUGGGUCUAACAGUGCAAGUCUAAAGCUUUAGCGGAAGAGAUUCUUUUGCUCCCAAACAUUUAUUUUCCUAAGAUUCUGAUUGCCUUGUCAACAUAUAGGCCAAGCUUUGCAUGGAUGACGACUGAUAAUGUGGAUGGUCUAUCCUCUAUCACCAGUCUCGGGGCUUUGGUAUCACGAAAGUUUGUCGCAGAACCAAAUUGGAUGAGGACAGCAUUGGCAAGGUUCCUACUUAUUCUCUCAACAUACUAUUAAAGCUCCCCAAGCAAAGCAUGGGUUCUUACUUGUAAAUUGUGAAUUGCAUGUACCCGACUGUUGAGAAUCGGGAUUUCAAGAUAUUGCCCGACAGAAGAAAUGAAACAAAUCACACAGAAAUACAAAAUGGAUGGAUAUAUCAUCUUUCUUCAUCCUCUAAUGUCCCCUUUUUUUUUCUUUUUUUUUUCUCCCUUCAUGUGUACUGUUGUUGAGAGAGGUACAAAAAAUGUCAGAACAGUUUCAAUGUACAGACAGACCCGGCCCCAAAAGGAAUACACCUAUCAAUCUC